CCGCGUGCCCGAGACGGUGCCCGCCGCCGGCUGCGCGGAGAGGCGGGGAGCCCCGGGGAAGGGCGCUGGAACCCCGAAACACCAGCGCUGCGGACUGCAGAGUCUCUGCAUCUGUCAUCUUUCGGACGUGUGAAAAUAGAAUAUUUUCCAUCCAUGGUUUGCUGAAUCCGCAGAUGCAGAACCCGCGGAUACGGAGGGCUGACUGCAGAUGGAAAAUUCCAGAAAUAAACAAUUCAUAAGUUUUAAAUUUCACGCCCGCCCGCUCCGUCCUGCCUGGGCCGUGAAUCAUCCCUUUGUCCAGCGUAUCCUGCCCGGUAGUCACUUAGUAGCUGCCUGGGUUAUCAGAUCAACUGCCAGGUAUUGCAGUGCUUGUGCUCAAGUAACCCUUAUUUUACUUAAUAAUGGCCCCAAAGCGCAAGAGCAGUGAUGCUGGCAGUUCGGAUAUGCCAAAGAGAAGCCGUAAAGUGCUUCCUUUAAUUGAAAAAGUGAAAGUUCUCGACUUAGUAAGGAAAGAAAAAAAAUCGUAUGCUGAGGUUGCUAAAAUCUACGGUAAGAACGAAUCUUCUAUCCGUGAAAUUGUGAAGAAGGAAAAAGAAAUCCGUGCUAGUUUUGCUGUAGCGCCUCAAACUGCAAAAGUUACAGCCACAGUGCGUGAUAAGUGCAUAGUUAAGAUGGAAGAGGCAUUAAAUUUGUGGGUGGAAGACAUGAACAGAAAACGUGUUCCCAUUGACAGCAAUGUGUUGCGCCAGAAAGCACUGAGCCUGUACGAAGACUUCAGCCAGGGAUCCCCAGAAACGGGUGACACCAAGCCAUUUACUGCGAGUAAGGGAUGGUUACACAGAUUCAGGAAUAGGUUUGGACUGAAAAAUAUAAAAAUUACUGGAAAGGCUGUGUCUGCUAAGGAAGAAGCUGCUGCCACACUUCCAGCAGAGUUGAAGAAGCUGAUUAAGGACAGAGAAUAUUAUCCAAAGCAAGUCUUCAAUUGUGAUGAAACUGGGCUCUUCUGGAAGAAGAUGCCCAAUAGAACCUACAUUCAUAAAAGUGCAGAGGAGGCACCAGGGCAUAAAACACGGAAGGACAGAUUAACUCUGGUGCUACCUGGCAUCUCACAUCAUCACAAGAAGGGGAUCAUGGCCCAAGUAGCAAUGUCUACCCUGCCCGUCGAAGAUGAGGAGUCUUCGGAGAGCAGGAUGGUGGUGACAUUCCUUAUGUCUGCUCUUGAGUCCAUGUGUAAAGAACUGGCCAAGUCCAAGGCAGAAGUGGCCUGCAUCGCAGUGUAUGAAACAGACGUAUUUGUUGUUGGAACAGAGAGAGGACGUGCUUUUGUCAACACCAGAAAGGAUUUUCAGAAAGAUUUCGUAAAAUACUGUGUUGAAGAAGAAGAAAAGGCUGCAGAGAUGCAUAAAAUGAAAUCAACAACACAGGCAAAUCGAAUGAAUGUAGAUGCUGUAGAGAUUGAAACACUCAGAAAAACAGUUGAGGACUAUUUCUGCUUUUGCUAUGGGAAAGCUUUAGGCAAAUCAACAGUGGUACCUGUCCCAUAUGAAAAGAUGCUACGAGAUCAGUCAGCUGUGGUGGUUCAGGGGCUUCCAGAAGGAGUAUCCUUUAAACACCCUGAAAACUAUGAUCUUGCAACCCUGAAGUGGAUUUUGGAGAACAAAGCAGGGAUUUCAUUUAUCAUUAAGAGACCUUUCCUAGAGCCAAAGAAGCUCCUAGGUGGUCGAGUGACGGUAACAGAUGCUGAAAGGUCAAUGCUAUCUCCAGGUGGAAGUUGUGGCUCCAUCAAAGUGAAAACUGAACCCACAGAAGAUUCUGGCAUUUCUCUGGAAAUGGCAGCUGUGACAGUAAAGGAAGAAUCAGAAGAUCCUGAUUACUAUCAAUAUAACAUUCAAGGCCCUUCUGAAACUGAUGAUGUUGAUGACAAACUCCCCCUUUCGAAGUCUUUGCAAGGAAGCCAUCAUUCUUCAGAGGGCACUGAAGGAACAGAAAUGGAAGUACCAGCAGAAGAUUCUACUCAACAUGUCCCUUCAGAAACAAGUGAGGACCCCGAAGUUGAGGUGACUAUUGAAGAUGAUGAUUAUUCUCCACCUACCAAGAGACCAAAGAGCAAUGAGCCUCCCCAGCCACCAGUCACAGAACCUGCCAAUGCCGGCAAACGGAAAGUGAGGGAGUUCAACUUUGAGAAAUGGAAUGCUCGAAUUACUGACCUGCGUAAACAAGUUGAAGAGUUGUUUGAAAGAAAGUAUGCUCAAGCUAUAAAAGCCAAAGGUCCUGUGACGAUCCCGUACCCUCUUUUCCAGUCCCACGUGGAAGAUCUUUAUGUAGAAGGACUUCCGGAAGGAAUCCCUUUUAGAAGGCCAUCUACUUACGGAAUUCCUCGCCUUGAGAGGAUAUUACUUGCAAAGGAAAGGAUUCGUUUUGUGAUAAAGAAACAUGAACUUUUGAAUUCAACACGUGAAGACUUACAGCUUGAUAAACCAGCUUCAGGAGUAAAAGAAGAGUGGUAUGCCAGAAUCACUAAGUUACGAAAGAUGGUAGAUCAGCUUUUCUGCAAAAAAUUUGCUGAAGCCUUAGGGAGCACCGAAGCCAAGGCUGUACCUUACCAGAAAUUUGAAGCACAUCCUAAUGAUCUCUAUGUGGAAGGACUACCAGAAAACAUUCCUUUUAGAAGUCCCUCGUGGUAUGGAAUCCCAAGGCUGGAAAAAAUUAUUCAAGUGGGCAAUCGAAUUAAAUUUGUUAUUAAAAGACCAGAACUUCUGACUCACAGCACUACUGAAGUUACUCAGCCAAGAACGAAUACACCAGUCAAAGAAGAUUGGAAUGUCAGAAUUACCAAGCUACGGAAGCAAGUGGAAGAGAUUUUUAAUUUGAAAUUUGCUCAAGCUCUUGGACUCACAGAGGCAGUAAAAGUACCGUACCCCGUGUUUGAAUCGAACCCCGAGUUCCUUUAUGUAGAAGGCUUGCCAGAAGGAAUUCCCUUUCGAAGCCCUACCUGGUUUGGAAUUCCACGACUUGAAAGGAUUGUCCGUGGAAGUAAUAAAAUCAAGUUUGUUGUUAAAAAACCUGAACUAGUUAUUUCCUACUUGCCUCCUGGAAUGGCUAGUAAAAUAAACACUAAAGCUUUGCAGUCCCCGAAAAGACCACGAAGCCCUGGGAGUAAUUCAAAAGUUCCUGAAAUUGAGGUCACUGUUGAAGGCCCUAAUAACAGCAACCCUCAAACCUCAGCUGUUCGAACCCCUACCCAGACUAAUGGUUCUAAUGUUCCCUUCAAGCCUCGAGGGAGAGAGUUUUCCUUUGAGGCCUGGAAUGCCAAAAUCACUGACCUAAAACAGAAAGUUGAAAAUCUUUUCAAUGAAAAAUGUGGUGAAGCUCUUGGCCUUAAACAAGCUGUGAAAGUGCCGUUUGCGUUAUUUGAGUCUUUCCCUGAAGACUUUUACGUGGAAGGCUUACCCGAGGGUGUGCCGUUCCGACGACCAUCUACUUUUGGCAUUCCAAGGCUGGAGAAGAUACUCAGAAACAAAGCCAAAAUUAAGUUCAUCAUUAAAAAGCCUGAAAUGUUUGAGACGGCAAUUAAGGAGAGCACCUCCUCCUCGAAGAGCCCUCCAAGAAAAAUAAAUUCUUCGCCCAACGUUAAUACUACUGCAUCAGGUGUUGAAGAUCUUAACAUCAUUCAGGUGACAAUUCCAGACGAUGAUAAUGAAAGACUGUCAAAAGUUGAAAAAGCUAGACAGCUAAGAGAACAAGUUAAUGACCUCUUCAGUCGAAAAUUUGGUGAAGCCAUUGGUAUGGGUUUCCCUGUGAAAGUUCCCUACAGGAAAAUCACAAUUAACCCUGGCUGUGUGGUGGUUGAUGGCAUGCCUCCUGGAGUGUCAUUCAAAGCCCCCAGCUAUCUGGAAAUCAGCUCCAUGAGAAGGAUCUUAGAUUCUGCUGAGUUCAUUAAAUUCACAGUCAUUAGACCAUUUCCAGGACUUGUGAUUAAUAACCAGUUGGUUGAUCAGAGUGAGUCAGAAAGCCCAGUGAUCCAAGAAUCAGCCGAGCCAAGCCAGUUGGAGGUUCCUGCGACAGAAGAAAUAAAGGAGACUGAUGGAAGCUCUCAAAUCAAGCAAGAACCAGACCCUACGUGGUAGACCUCUUCCCUCCUUAGGCUUAAAGUAUCAGUGGGUGAGAAGAGCUUUUCGGACCUGUUACUGCCCCAAGCUGUGUAAUAUACUUGUAUAACAGAAAUACCUUCUAUACAAACCUUUUUUUCUACUUUUAGAUAGAAAUGUCUACUUUUUCAGCAGUUCUGUGAAUUGAAUUAAAGAGCAGAGUGACUGUAGAUUUGGAAUGGCUGGUUUCCUUUGGAAUGUAUUAUAAGGAUUUUACAGCAGUGCUGGAAAAACGACAGGGAAAAUGACAGGGAUGAAUUGCAUCAGAUUUUUUACGUAUUCAGCAGAGCCUUCAGCUGUGGUGUUUGUCUCCCAAUCAAGUGAAGAUCUCUCCUACUGGAACAUCUCAGCUUCUGCAGUGAAGAAAAUACCUGUGAUAGUUCAGCUCUUUAGUUUUUCUAUUUGAAAAAUCACUUAAUUGAUCCUUUUGUUCACGGUUCUCCUUAAUGACUGAGUGAACAGUUAAUAUCUGUAUAUUUGACUAAACCUUUUCCUAAGCUCUCUAUCAUGGUUCAUAUGUUUUUUAUCGUAAUUAAAAACCAACCAUCUGGAUCACCUAACAGCCAGUAAGAGGUCAGUAUCUCAGCGUGUGGCUUAUAGAUGGAGUACAGAGAACCUCUUCCAUCCACAUUUACUUUUCAUCCAAAUAAAAUGCAUGGUGUACCAGAAGUUUCAGAUCAGGUAUAAGUGUUUGGGCAAGCUGAAUGACACUAAAGCCUCACUAUCAUGUAACCCACUGUGGUGUGGAAUUCUUUGGAACACUAUUCCAGCUUGGAUCAGACUCAAGGGGGUUUCAUUGCCUUCGUUACUUUACAAUUCUACUUGUAACAUUGAGGCUCCAGUGUGGGGAGUGAGGGGUCAGUAAGCUGAUUCGGCACCCUCUGAUAUUCUGCGCCAUUCGUAGGAGAAUCUUACAUGUGUUGAGAUUUCACAAACAGUAAGAGUUGUAAAAUACCAGCUAUAUGAAAAGCUAGAGUAUGUGAUGGCAUAGAGUUUUCAUUAGCUUUAUCACAAUAUUCACGAUGGAGAAUUAUAUUACAUGGUAGCAGAAAUAGGCAUUUUUAUGUGUUGCUUAUAUUUUACCUCAAAUUAAAUUGUAGAUAUAGGGUAAUAAAUAAAAUCCAUCCAUGCCUUUCA